CUGGAUAUGAACGAGGUCCCUACGAACUUCCCCGUGGACACAGUGAAGCUUCGCAUAGAGAAGACCGUCAUCCACGGGAUCCCCGCCGAGGCCUUCUACUACCUGGUGGAGCUCCGGUACCUCUGGGUGACUUACAGUUCCGUGGCCAGCCUUGACGCUGGCAGCUUUUACAACCUAAGGCAGCUGCAUGAGUUGCGCUUGGAUGGGAAUUCUCUGGCUGCUUUCCCUUGGGCCUCUCUGCUGGACAUGCCCCGUCUGAGGACCCUGGAUUUGCACAAUAACAGAAUAACCAGUGUGCCAAAUGAGGCGGUCAGGUACCUGAAGAACCUCGCCUACUUGGAUUUAUCAAGCAACAGACUAACAACGCUGCCGCCAGAUUUCCUGGAGAGCUGGUCCCACUUAGUUACAUCGUCUAGAAGCCUGGACCUCUCACCAAGAAGAGUUAUUCUUGGUCUGCAGGACAACCCUUGGCUCUGUGACUGUCACAUUUCCAAAAUGAUCGAGUUGUCAAAGGUUGCUGACCCCGCUGUAGUGCUUCUGGACCCACUGAUGAUUUGUAGUGAACCCGAGCGCCUGGCAGGGAUUGCUUUUCAGCGGGCUGAGUUGGAGCAGUGUCUGAAGCCGUCGGUGAUGACCUCGGCCACCCAGAUCACGUCCGCCCUGGGCAGUAAUGUGCUGCUGCGGUGCGAUGCCACAGGCUUCCCCACCCCGCAGCUCACGUGGACCAGAGCCGACAGCUCGCCGGCUAACUAUACAGUAAUUCAGGAAUCUCCAGGGGAAGGAGUCAGAUGGUCCAUAAUAAGCUUGACAGGCAUUUCAUACAAGGAUGCUGGGGAUUACAAAUGUAAGGCCAAAAAUUUGGCUGGGAUGUCAGAAGCUGUGGUUACUGUGACAGUGGUGGGUGUUGUCACAACUGCCACCUCAUCAGACACUUCUGAAAGAGGAACUGGAGAUCACCCUGAGCAAGAGGUCCAGCCAGAAUCUAGACGAUCUCCGUCCAUGCCUGGCCCCUCGUCAUCUCCCUGGCCUUCUUCCUCCUCUGCUUCUUCCACUCUUCUUUCUACUUCUGCUUUGUCUCCUCCCUCCAUUGCUUCCUUCUCCUUAUCUCCUUUCUUCUCCUCCAUUGUUUCUUCAACGACAGCUCAAGGCACUGGAAUUUCAGCAAGCACCACCGUGGCUGGCCGGCAGUCACUCCCGCUCUACCCAGGUGGGAAAAGAAAUUUAAAGGUGGAGAUGAGUGGAGGUAAGCUUCCCCCAGCUAGUGCAAGUAAAAAAGAGUUGGCGUUGUUGGAUCGAGCACUGUCUGUGGAGAUGAAUGCCACAGUAGAAAAUCUCAGGGUAGUCAGUGAGACUGAACAGAGUGUGACUUUGGUCUGGAACACCAUCAACACCAUGCCUAACUCUGAGGUGAACGUGUUGUAUUCCAAGUAUGGUGAGGAGGACCUGCUGCUGCUGAAUGCAGACUCCAGCAAGAACCAAGUAACUAUAGAUGGCUUGGAUCCUGGUAAGCAAUACAUAGCAUGUGUCUGUCCAAAAGGAGUGCCUCCCCAGAGAGACCAAUGUGUCACCUUUUCUACUGGUACGGUGGAAGAAACAGGUGAUUUUCAAGGGUCUGUCCUUAUCGUGGUGAGCGGUACUGCCUGUGUUGUUGUCUUGCCAUUGAUUUUUUUCCUGUUGUACAAAGUUUGCAAACUGCAAUGUAAGUCAGACUCCUUCUGGGAAGAGGAUUUGGCAAAAGAGACCUAUAUCCAGUUUGAGACCCUGUCCCCCGGGUCUCAAAGUGUGGGGGAGCUUUGGACGCGAAGGCACAGAGACGAUUCAGAAAAGUUGCUGCUUUGUUCUAGGUCAAGUGUGGAAUCUCAGACGACUUUUAAAAGUGAGGGUUCUAGACCAGACUAUUAUUGCUGAGGUUUGACAGCUCAGGCGCACGUGAACUUGACAGAAUUUCCUCCACACAAUUAAGGA